AUGGCUAGAUUAGCGGAUACAUUGACUGAAGCUGGACACAAUGUCACAUUUUUUGUACCAAUUAUAGAUGAAUCUAGAGAAAAUCAUUUGGGAGUCAAGCUGACGAAAGAUGUUAUAAAGCUGGAGCAAGAUGAAAUAAUGAAGGUAAAGAAGAUUUCAAUUGACAAAAUUACCGGAAAGUUCUGGACAAUGGAUGUGACGUCACAGAAUGGACGAAUGUUGUUUGAAACAUUUUACGAACAAGUCGUUCUGCUCACUGGAAAUUUGUUUCGAAACAAAGAAAUAAUUGAACAAUUAAGAUCUCGAGAAUACGAUGUCGCAAUUGCUGAACCAGUCAUGUUAAAUGGAUUGGCUCUGUUCCGACAUCUAGGCAUAGAGAAGGUUGUAAUUGCUAGCUCUUGUCCUAACUAUGAUAUUGUAAUGGCUGCGAUGGGGGAGCCAGGAGAAACUAGUUAUGUUCCAGCUGUGUUCUCUGGAGUCACGGGGGAUCGGAUGGACUUUGCCAACCGAUUCGAAAACCACGAAAUCUACAACUUAAUGCUUCAAAUUUACAAGGAAAUGUUCGAUGAUGAAGCGAAAGUAUUCAGGAGCUUUCUAGGAGACGAUUUUCCAAAUUGGGAAGAACUGAUUCCUGAUACUUCUCUUCAUUUUGCGAAUUCGAUUCCAUACAUUGAUUUCCCUCGACCUUCCAUUCAAAAAACAAUAGACAUUGGAGGAAUUUCAGUGGAUAUCGAAAAGAUCCAGUCAGAAAAGUUGAGCUCGGACUGGGAUGUGAUAUUAGAUAAACGAGAAAAAAACAUGUUUUUGUCGUUUGGAUCUCUUGCAAAGUCAAGUGAAAUGCCCCAAGAAUACAAGAACAACUUGAUCCAUGUUUUCAAGUCAAUGCCAAAUGUUACGUUCAUCUGGAAGUAUGAAUCUGAUGACGUCAGUUUUGCUGAUGGAAUUGAGAAUGUGAUAUUCGUAAAAUGGGCUCCACAAACUGCCCUGUUGAGACUUGGAAGCACUUUCGAAGCUUCAUUCCUAGGGAAACCAGCUAUUAUGGUGCCUAUCUUCUGGGAUCAAACGAGAAACAGUCACAUGUUGAGCCGACUUGGAAUGACAAUUACUCUUCACAAAAGCGAUCUCGGAGACCUUUUAAAGCUAGAAAACACAUUUUUUGAAAUUCUGAACAACGAAAGUUAUCGAUUAUCAGCAGAAAAAGUAGCAGAUGUGAUAAGAAAUCAGCCAACGAAACCAAAGGAACUGGUGGUCAAAUAUAUAGAAUUUGUUGGAAAAUACGGUCCAUUCCACCAUAUGACUCCAUAUAGUGUAAAGAUGCCAUGGUAUCAACGAUACAACUACGAUGUCUAUUUGUACAAGUUUUUGUUAUACUUUGUACCCACUUUUGUAUUUAUAAUUGUUUUAAAAACCGCCCUUUUUUAUUUACCGAUUCGGUUGGUUUCAAAAGUCAAGAAAAAUAAUUGA